AUGCGUUACAUGGAUCAUACAGUAACCCUCCUACUCCUGUGCCCUGCGGUGAGUGGCAGCUGCCUGCAGUGCGCUCAUGCUCACCUCACGCUGUUCCCACUCCACCUCCCCGCACUUCCAUCCCUUAUAUCCAUGCACGCCAACAGCCUCUUCCCCACAAUGCACGCCAACAACCUCUUCACCACCGCCCAUUCCUUCUCCACAUCCCUCCGUGUUACCUGCUCCCACCCAUGUGUCCCCCUGCGUUCCCUCUUCCCCACCCAUGCGUCCCCUUCUCUCCCACAUGUCCCCCAGGUGGUGAAGGCGGGGGUGAAUGCGGGCAAGCUGGCGGGCGCCAUGGCGCGAGUGUGCGGGGGAGGGGGAGGGGGGCGCCCCAAUUUCGCACAGGCGGGGGGCAGGCAGCCGGAGAAGCUGUCGGAGGCGCUGGCUGUGGGCAGGGCGGAGCUGAUGAAGCAGCUUGGGGCGUAG